AUGAGGCUUCUGAGGUUUCCCACUGCGGUGUCUGGGGUCGCGGCCGUCCUGUUCGCCUUCACGCAUGCGGCUGCCGUCCAUUCCGCGGGCAAUGUCUCAACCUUUGCCCUUGAGGCGGACCCCGGUGAUGGCAAUCUCUGGAAGCGGGUGCCAUAUCCCCCAAUCAGCCAGAGUAAAUGGGUCGAGGCCGUGAAUGAAGGCUGCAGCUUGAUCGCCGCCAUGGGCUCGAGGGAUUCGGUCGCAGUUACGUACUUCCCUGGAAGGACAGGAUCCAUCCAGAGCCCGUUCGUCAAUUACCCAGCGGAUCUCACGAGCUGGGGCUACACAGUCAACGGUGGGGACAUUGCUGAUUUCCGCAUGGGCGCCGGACCUGGUCUGCAACACAUGACCCGUGCUCUCAAUAUAAACUGGAGGAGAGACGAUGAGGGAGGUCCCGUUGUCCCCGCUGCAUGGAAGCACACAACGCAGACAGUACAUGACGGCGUCACGUAUCCCGCAACCAACGCUGUCUUCUCCUCCCUUAUCAAUGUCGACGACGGUGUCCUUGUCGGCUGGCAGAAGUUUGGUCCCGCAUACAUGGCUCGGAUGUACCAGAUUCCUACGGUGCCAAGGCUGAAGAACUGGGGCGAGGUCGUCUUCCUCGAUUGGAUGGAGGUCGCUCGGCGCCGGCAGAAGGACAUCUCGAACAUCAAGUACAUUGUCUCGGCCGACAUAGCGAACGCCGAAACGGGACAAAUUCUGCAGCGUAUCUUGGGCGUGAACGACGUCAAGGCCAACUGUCGCAGGUUCUAUCGGUGGAAUCGUCGCCGCGAGUUUAACAUGGACACCGAGGAGGGCAGGGCGCUGUUGAGUUCACCGAACGGACGGGGCGCCGCCAUCUUCCUCAUCAUGCAUAAGAAUACGUUCGGGGAGAAGACGACUAUUUCGAAAGUGACGGUAUGGUGUGGGUAUGUCAGCUCAUAUGAGGUACACAUGAUGUUCACCGUCCAAAAGCAGCCUGACGAUGAGGAUGAGGAAAUGGAAGGCGCCGAAGGGAACCCCGAUGGUUGGGGAGACUUUCAGCAAUGA